CGACCGUAAAUAGAGCGGCUUCGGAGCCCUGCGGCGGCUGGUGGGAGAUGGGGAGGAACAGGCGAGGGGGCGGUGCUGGCUCAACCCCGGCUCCUCCGCAAGGCCGCGCGGCCCCACAGCGGCAGGGGAACGCUGAGGGGCGAGGCGGAAUUAAGAGGAAAUAAAGCUGGGAUUGAGUGGGAAUAAAGCCGGAAUUAUGUGGGAAUAAAGCCGGGAUUAUGUGGGAAUAAAGCCGGGUGAGGCGGGUUUGCUCCCCCGGGUUUUGGGGAGGGGGAGCUGCGGGCCCGGGCAAGGCCCGAGGCCUUCCCUCAGCGCUGUCCCCUCUCCAAACCCAGCUCAGAUAUUUCCUAAAUCUCCUCAUUUUUUCACAUCAAAACUCCUUUUUUCCUGUUGUAGCAACGCGUCCGAGGGGCAUUUCUAACGUAAUUCCCUAAAGGAACUUCAGGAGCUGAGUAACUCUGGAUGCAGGCGGGCUCAGUUCCUCCCGGAGGUUGUUAAAAACAACGCGAAUCCGCCAAUUUUUGGUGUUUUUUCCUUAUUUUUUAAAGGUUUUCCCUCCCGGAUGUUGUUAAAACAACGCGAUUCUGUGAAUUUUUGGGGUGUUUUUCUUAUUUUUUUUAAAGGUUCUGCUUUCUGACGCCAAUUUUUGUUAUGGAAACGCCAAAAAAGAAAAUUUAUUGUUGUUGUUAAAGCGAUUCAAGCCUCCAGGUUAUUCCCAGAAUUGCAUCAGGGUCGCAUUUCCUGAAUAAAUCACAGCUUUAUUUGGCUGUAAAAAAAUAGAAAUAAAUAAAAUAAAGGAUUUUAGGGUUGAAUUUGGGCACAGCUGAAGCAGAGCAGGAAGAAUUUUCCAUUUAAAACUUCCUGGUGGUGACAUUUCCCAGCUCUAAUGACAUUUUCCAAGGUGAAAAAUGAAUUUUUUUGGGGAAAAUCGAUAUUUUUUUUUGUAUUUAAGAAAACAUUUCCAUGAGGGAGAGGAAUAGGAAAUUUUUAUAGGAAAUUGCUGCCAGGCUUUGAGGUUAAGCUCAGAAAUACAAAAAAUUAAAUUUAAUUAUUGCUGUUUUAUUCAAGAGUGAAAGGAGCAGCUUCCCUUGGUUUGGGGUUGAUUUUUAAAGAGGAAAAGCUGAAAGAGAGAGAAAAAAUGAGAAAAAAAUUGUAAAAAUGUGAAAUUCCUGCUGCUUUUCCUUCUUUGCCACCUGAUAAACAGGAAAUGAAUCAUCCAAGGAAUUUAAGGCACAAAUGAAGCAGCAGGAGAAAAUUUUUCCAGGGAAAUUUGAGAGUUUAAAAUCCAAGAAUUCCUCACAGGGAAAUGCAGGAAAACUUCUUUAUUUUCCCUUUAAAAAUAGAAAAGUUGUGUUGGUUUUUAUGGCCUGGUUUCUGCUGCUGCAUUUUUAAUUGAUUUGAUUUUUUUUUUUUACAAAAAUUUUCAUUAAUUUCAUGAAUUUAACACAAAACCUGUUUAAAAUUUUGCAUUCACUUGAAUUCAUUCAAAACCUACUGAGUGCACCAGAGUUACUCAUUUUUAUUCAGAUUAUUUAAAAUUUACCAGUUUUAAAAUUCAACAAAAAUGUUUUUUAAUGAACUUUUUUAAUAAUUAAAUCACUCUAACGAAGUUUAAAGGUUUUGGGUGGGCUUGGUUGAUUCUUUUCUGUUAUUGUUGUUUAUUUUCAAGGUUUAUUCCAAUUUAAACAAGAUCCACACUGAAAUAUGGAAUAAUGAAGGCAAAAAUUUGAUUUAUUUUUCAAAAGAAUUCAAUCUGAAGGGAUUUUCUCUCCCCUCAGGGUGUUGGAUGUAGAAAUGUUGAAUUUUCAAUGUGGAAAUUCCUGCUCUGGGUUGGAAUUUCUGCUUUUCUCACCCCUCACUCCCAGGAUUUCAGCAAACAGAAGAAUUCAGGUUGAAAUUUGAUUUGAAUUCCUUGGGAAAAGUUGAAUUCCCACCACAAGGAGCUCCAGGAGUUUGAGGAUUAAAUUCCAUGAGGCAAAAUUUGAUUUUUGAAGCUCCAAAAUUGAAUUUAACCCCAUGGAGAAGAACAGGAAGCACUUAAAUCCUGAUUUAUUUUUAUUCCCUUUCCAAUCACUCAAAAAAACCCUAAAAAAACCAAUAAUUAAUCUGCAAACCCAACUUUUCCUCUCUUUAUUUUAGAUUUGGGAAAAUUCCUUGGCCAAAAAAAAAACCCCAAAAAAAAUCGUGGAAAAUUCACAAAAUUUCUUUGUGUGAGUAAAAGGUUCCAAGUGUUUCUUCUUAAGCUGCAAAUUAAAAUUGAUUGAGUUUUGUCCUCCCCAAAGAUUCAGAAACAUCAGAGGGGUAAAACUGAUUUUUAUUUGGUUUUUAGCAGAAUAUCUACAAGAAAAAUGGGAUAAAAACUCCCAAUAAAUCCAUUUUUGGUGGCACCCAAACCCCAAUCAGCUGCUGAAUGAUUAGGGAACAGCACAAAUGGAAAAAUUGGGGAAAUUUCUUGGAAAUUCUGCCCCAAAUUCCCAAAAAUUCCUGGGUUGAGGGUUGGGGAUGGGUGAGUUUGUCCCUGUGCUGUCCCCAAUAAUCUCAUUUUCCCCUCAAUUGGAAUUUAUGGGUUAAAAUUCUGAUUUUUUUGUUGUUUUUCUCCUUGUCCUGCUGUCCUUGCCUCCUUUGGGGUGUGUAUAAACACAAUUUUGGGGUUUAUACACACAAAUUUUGGUGGGAGGGGGUUUUUUCUCAUCAAUACGGGGGAAGGUUUUUGUGUUUUCUUAAUAGGUGAAGAAAUCUCAGAAGACCAGAAAUUGCAACUUACUGAAUUAUAUAAUUUAAAAAAAUAUUAAAAAAAACCUAAAAAUUUCCCCAGCUGUGGAAGAUGGAGCCUCAUUUUUUGAAUCCUGAGCCACUUUGAAUCGCUGGGGAAUUUUUUUUUAUAAUUUUUUUUUUUUUUAUGUUUCUUUUUUAAUUUUUUUUUAUUGGAAGAGCAAAAAUAUCCCUGGCUGUCUCCAGAUUUGCAAUGGACUCAAUUCCUCCUCCAUUGUUUCUGAGAGCAACCUCAGAGUUUUUGGAAAAUUGUUGGCUGAGAGGUUCCCUUGGAAUUGUCAGGAGGAAAAAAAAAAGCAAAAAAAAAAAACAAAACAAAAAAGCAAAAAAAAAAAGGCAAAAUUCACAAAUUCUUUCUGCCCCUUUGUUAUUCAUUCACGGACUCCUUCGGCCUACAGGAGAGGGAACUGCAUGGCUGGGAAGAACAAAGGCUGGGCUCAGCGUGGCCAGGGUUACUUUUAAGCAGAAGCUGUCAGAGCUGAGCCAGGAGAAGCCUUUGAGGUUCCUGCCCAGGCUGGAGCAGGAGAGCCCUGGGAGGAGCAAACCCUGAGUAGGGAGUGAGGAUCUGCAGCAUGUCCAGCCAGGGGGAUGACUGCUACUUCUACUUCUACUCCACCUGCAACAAGGGUGACUCGUGCUCGUUCCGGCACUGCGAGGCGGCGCUGGGCAGUGAGACCGUGUGCACGCUGUGGCAGGAGGGGCGCUGCUUCAGGAAUGUCUGCAGGUUCAGGCACAUGGAGAUCGAUAAAAAGCGCAGUGAGAUCGCCUGUUACUGGGAGAACCAACCUGGGGGCUGCCAGAAGCACAACUGUGCCUUCCACCACACCAAGGGCAGAUACGUGGAUGGGCUCUUCCUUCCCCCCAGCAAAACCACCCUUGCCAGCCCCCCAGAGGCUGCAGAGGACGAGGUGAAGUUGGUGCAGCUGCAGCAGAACAAACUCUCGGUGCAGUCCAACCCCUCCCCUCAGCUCAGGGGGGUGAUGAAAGUGGAGAAUUCUGAGAAUGUGCCCAGCCCCACCCACCCCCCUGUGGUCAUCAAUGCUGCUGAUGAUGAUGAGGAUGAUGAUGACCAACUUUCUGAAGAAGGAGAAGAAACCAAAACCCCAGUGCAGCCCCCAGCCCCAGAGAGCCACAAUGGGCUGAGGGUGAUUUCCACCAGGAAACCCAACCCCAGUGCAAAGCAAGAUGACAACUUAAAUUUUGGAAUCAAAACCUUGGAAGAGAUCAAACUGAAGAAACUCAAGGAAAAAGCCAAAAAACAAGAAGGUCCUUCAGGAGUGGCUGUGGAUCCUCUCCAAGCCAGGAACAUUCCUGUGCCAGAGAAGGAAAAUGUCAGGACAGUGCUGAGAACUGUGACCCUCUCCUCCAAGGAAGGAGAGGACCCUGUGAUCCAGCUGAACCUUCCUGACAGACUGGCAAAAAGGAAAACCCUCAUGGGUGGGAAGACGUUCCUGCCCCUGAGGAGGAGCGUGGCAGACAGGCUGGGGAGGAAGGCAGAGCUGCAGCACAACGCUGAGAAGGCCCCAAAGAGAGGCACAGUUCAAGUCCUGAAGUCCUUGAAGGAGAGGCUGGGGCUGCCCUCUGAGCAGAGCAGCACUGAGACAGACAAAGCUGCCAAACCCAUCGAGGAGAUCAGAGUGAAAACCCUGGAGGAAAUCCGCCUGGAGAGAGCCAAGCAGAGGAGAGCAGCAGAACCCCCAGCCAAAAUCCCAGCAGAAGGAAGGAAAACUGAAGAAACAAAUUUAGCAGCAAAACCUUCCCCUGCUGCUCGCAGCAAACCCCUGAUGGGAGCCUUGGUGGAAAAAAACCACAAGAGGUUGGGAGAGGAGAAGGAAAAAGCUGAGGAGUUGAGCAGCAGGGCCAGGAGCGAGGGAGAUGCCAGGAAACAGAACAUUGCUGCCCCAGCUGCUGGCAGGGUGCAGCUGGCAGAGGCUGGCAGAGCCAGGGGAGCUGCAGAAGUUCGGAUCAAAACCCUGGAGGAGAUCAAGAGGGAGAAGGCGCUGAGGCUGCAGCAGAGCGGGGAGAACGUCCCGGCUGCCCCCGGCCCUGCCGAGGCUGCUGGGAGGGGCAGGAAACUGCUGAGGGUCACCAAGCUCCUGGCACCUGGAAGAGAAGAAAAAAUGAUCGUGGAGCUGAACAAACCUUCCCCUAAAAGUGGCUCUGCCCCUGCUGAGAAUUCAGGGAACUCUGGAAUUCAGGUGAAGAGCCUGGAGGAAAUCAUGUGGGAGAAGCGGCAGCAGAAACAGCGGCAGGAGGAGAAGCUGCAGCAGGGAGCUGGGGCAAAUCCAGCUGAAAUCCAGGAAAAAACCCAGGAGAAAAGCCAGGAGAAAACCCCAGGAUCAGGGAGCCCCGAGGCUGCUGUGGGGUCAGCCCAGCUGGGCAGGAGGAGAGGAGGAAAAACCCCCGAGGAUGGAGCAGGAACCCCAGAGAAGGAGCCGGGGAAAAAGGGAGCUCAGCUGCCCGAGAGGAGAGGCAGAGCCAAGUCCAGGCUGUCCCUGAAGCCUCUGGAUGCCAAAGCCCCUCCCAAGCAGCCCCUGAAGAGGAAGGGCCCUGAGGGCCACCCCCCUGCUGUGGUGGCAGUGAAGCCACUCAGUGCCACCAGCGGGGACACCCAGGGGUCCCCAGCCAAGGUUGUUCCCCCUUCUCCUGAGGACAGCCUGGACUCCAACCCUCGGAGGAAGAAUUCCCAGAACAGCCCUGAGCUGCAGCCUGGCACCCAGGGCGAUUCCAUGGCACAGUCAGAGGUGUCUGGAUCUUCCUCCUCAUCCUCCUCAUCCACAUCUUCCUCCUCCUCCUCCUCCUCCUCCUCCUCCUUGGAGGCUCCCCUGAAGCUGCGGCGCCUGAGCUCGGCCGGCGGCGCCAAGGCCGCGCUGUCGGUGGAGGACGACUUUGAGAAACUCAUCUGGGAAAUCUCUGGGGGAAAACUGGAGGCAGAAAUCGACCUGGAUCCAGGCAAGGAUGAGGAUGCUCUGCUGCUGGAACUGUCUGAGAUGAUUGACAGCUGAGAGGGGAGGUUUUGUUGGAAAAAAAAAAAAACAGGGGAAAAAAAGACGCGACACCAAAAAAAAAAAACCCACCCUGAAAAAGCAAAAUUUUCUCCUCACCUCCCACAGAAAUCUUGUAAAUAUUGUUGGAUCUGUGGAGGAGACCCUGCCCCAGCUGGAAGCACAGUUGGAUUGUUAGGAUUAGGCAGAGUCUGCUCUCAGUUAUCCCAAAAUUCCAGGCUGAGUUUGUCCCCCCACGGGACAGGACAGAGCACUUGGAACGCCCUGAGGGGCCACAGAUCCCAUCUCCAGAGCUCCCUCCUGGACAGAAAAUCCCAAAAAAAUCCCUGGAGUUACUGUGUCAACUCUGGGAGCCACGGAUGGACUUGCAUUUGGGGGGAAUUCAGGGAAAAGAGGCAAAAUCUGAGCAGGAUUUUGGACCAAAGCCUGCCAGGGUGAGCCUGGCUUGUGGGAUUUUUUCCAUGGGGGAAAGCAAAAAUUCCUCCUGGGAUUUGGGAAAAGGAACAUUGCUUCAAGUGCCUCUGGCUUCUGAGGAUUUCUCCCUGCAAUGAACUUCCCACAUCCAGCUGGGAUCGUUUUGGGAGGGAAAAAAGAAAAAGCACCUGGAAUGUUCCCCCUUGGUUGCUUCCCUCUUUUCCAGCCCUUUGGAGAUGGGAUUGAGUGAAAUCCCCGUGGGGUUUUUGUUUUUUUUUUUUUCAAUUUGUUUUGAGAUUUGUUUUUUGUUUUUCUGUAAAUAUUUUAUUCUUCCAUUUUAUAUUUGUAUGAUUCUAUUUAAGGGAUUAAAGGUAGGCUGCUCACUG